AUGUUUUUACAAGUGGCCGCCCUUUGUCUGCUAGCUGUGAGUGCGCAUGCGCAUUCAGCAGCGGUGUCCCACCAAUCGCGUGUCGAUCAUGUGCAUGGACACGGUCACGACGUCCACCACGACCACAAGAUCCAUCACCCGAUCCACCACGUCCAUGAACACCACGGCCACCACGACGGACAUCACGGACACCACGAGGUUCACCACGGACACCACAAUGUACACCAUGAACACCACGACGACCACCACCACUGGGAUCACGAACACCACCACCCAGCCUACAAGUUCGAAUACUCCGUGAAGGACCACCACACGGGUGACCACAAGUCUGCCAACGAGCACCGCGACGGUGGCCACGUGAGCGGCUCAUACUCGCUCGUUGAACCCGACGGCAACGUGCGCACUGUUCAUUACACCGCUGAUGACCACCACGGUUUCAGAGCCGAUGUACACCACAAGACGGCUCACCACCACAUCAUCCCCCACCACCAUCAUGGCCAUCAUCAUGAUCAUCAUGGUCAUCAUUAA